CGUCUGAACCUGUAUUUCCCAUUCGCAACAUGGACCUCCCCCACCUUCCGCGCGGGUGAAUAGUUUAAUCAGCUGUGCCAGCUUCGUAGGAAUUUCGUACGAGAUCCAGUUUGGCGUUCGUUUUAGGUCUGGCGUCAUUUUGAAUUCUGCUUUUGGCGUGUUUGAAAGUGCGAUCGGUGGUUUAGCAUCGCGUAGUGGCCCAGAUUCCCAAGCGGAUUCCUUGCAAAAUCAGGAAAAAUUGCGAAAGGUUGCAUCCGGGUUUUUGCGCAAUCCUAGAGGUACCAGUGCGGGUGGCUUCCUCGGUAGACAGUGCGAGAUAUUUGCGUUUUUCUCGGCUCUCGAGAUUCAUUCAUGGUCAAGAGUACGCAGUGCGGGCGCGGGACGUGAAAUUUGAUUGAACUGUUUGGUUUGUACGGAAGCGGGACGGCGGAUUGACUGAAGGGAGGCGUGAGGCAACGUUCGGGGUGAUUUCAUUGUGAAGUGGACAUUGAACAGUGAUUGGAGUGGAAUUGAUAUUUUCAAAGUGACCGAGGUUUCUGUGCUGCUAGAGUAGUGACGCAAAAUGAUUACGACGAUUCUGAAGCAGUUGUGGUAAACAAUAUUGAAAUUCGGUAGAUUAACGCAAAAACAGCCGCGGCCGAAGUACUUAACCUCCUCCCAUCCGCCCUGCCUGCCUUGAAGGACGACCGAUCCACCCACUUCCCAUAUGUUCUGGUCGCCCUCAAGGGUGCAGCGUGAACAAUUCACCCUUUCCUUCCAGUGUUGCCGGAAAGUGUAACCUUUCGCUGAUCCCACAAUUAACCUCCAGCAAUUCGUAACUAACCACCAGGAAGUGCCCGAAACUCCGGCCGCCGCCAUGAGUAAAACCCAAAAAAUAAACGCUUGGAACGUGGACCUCUACAUAGUCACAUGGAACGUAAGCUCCAAAUAUCCAGAUGCAUCACCACUCACAAACCUUCUUGGAUUAGAAAAAAAUCCUGAAAAUGACAACCAUCAACCAGAUUUCUAUGUUAUCGGUCUCCAAGAAAUCAAUGCUCAGCCACAAAAUAUGGUUUUGGGCUUCUUCAAGGACGACCCUUGGACACAACGCUUCAAGGAAAUCCUCAAAGAACGUGACUAUGUCGCUGUCAAAUCUGAACAAAUGCAAGGAAUGCUUUUAAUAUUGUUCGCAAAAAGGAAACACAUAUUGCAUUUAAGGCAAAUCGAAACAGAAUACACUAGAACAGGUUUAGGAGGGAUGUGGGGUAACAAGGGUGCUAUUAGUAUACGCUUGAGUUUAUAUGGGACAGCGGUUUCGAUAGUCAAUGCUCACUUGGCAGCUCACGAUCAUAUGCUUGACGAGCGAAUUGUAGAUUUUAAUCAGAUUUUAGACAAUCAUCACUAUCAUGUGAAGAUGUAUCGAGAGAUAUUUGACCAUGACUAUGUAUUCUGGUUCGGUGACUUAAAUUUCCGUCUAAAUGGCGAGAAUGAAACUACGCCCCAAGAUAUUCGUGCAAUGAUCCAAAAAGACAAACUAUCCGAACUUUUGGAUCGUGAUCAAUUGAACUCUGUCCGCAAAGAGGGUAGAGCCUUUUAUCAACUGAACGAACGACUACCAGCAUUUCCACCCACUUUCAAAUUUGAACGAGGAACCUCUAAUUAUGAUAUGAAACGAAGGCCAGCCUGGUGUGAUCGGAUUCUGUACAAAGUUAGGGCUGAUGCCUAUCAAAACGUGCAAUUAAGCAUAGAACAAACAUCGUACAAAAGCCAUCCGGGAUAUACGAUUAGUGAUCAUAAACCUGUAACGAGCGAAUUUGUAAUUAAGGUAGUAGAAAAGCCCCAGCAUGAACAACCCACUGCUAACCGGUUUAUCGGGAUUCGCUCCUUCCGAUCUAUGGAGCCUGUUGAUUUUGGUGAUGGAGUCCAACACCAAAUGAUGCAUAAUGAACUUUAUCCUGAUUCCGAAAAUUCCAUACCCGUUCAGGUGUUCGAGGACCCAGCGGAGAAGAGUAUCGAAUUUGCAUACAUUCCAUCAUGGCAUAUUGGCGAGGACAACAGUAUCCUGUAUACAAUUCCAGAAGGAUUCGAGGAGAAUGACGGGACCGAUUGGAUUGCCAUUUAUCGUAGUGACUUCAGCAGUUUUUCGGAGUAUGUAGGUUAUGAGUAUACCGCCCGGGUUGAUGAGAAGAAAAGCCCAAGGACGAAGAAUCGGAAUGUCAGGCGUUCGCUGAGGCUGGAGUUCUCCGAGAAUAUUGACCUAACCGAUGGAGAGUCUUAUAUCCUGCUGUAUUUCCAAAGUACCGGACUGAAGGGAGUGACUGGCAUGGCUGGAAUGAGCAAUGUGUUUAGGGCCGAAAAACGGCCCCCGUCGCCACGGUUCGAAGCUGUAGAUUAGUAAGAAUGAAAAUUAUCGCUUAGACUAUAAUAUCUAUGAUUGACCCUGGUAAUGAGUUAAGAUUUACAUUGUAAAAUAUUCUAGAUGAAAACUGGAUAGAACGAAGAUAGUUUUCGUUCCUUUCCUUUGUAUUUAUUAUGUAAAUUCAUCUUCCUGCUGUUGAGCUUGUAGUUUUUAAAGGAAAUGUUACUAAAAAUUUUAACACCACCAGAUUCAGAUCUGUAUUCAAAUCUUUUAGCUAUUUAGAUUGCUUCACCACCGAAGAUGAAUAAAUUAAAUUCACCACACCUGUGCUAACCGUUUAAAGGAAGAAUGAGUAGUUUUAGUGGCAGAAACUUGGUGAAAAUGCCAGAAGGGCGAAAAACAUUUUUGAAAAUUCAUGGUAAUGUGUAAUUUCCAUCUUCCAAAAAUACUAAAAAUCUUAAAAGUCAACAGUUACGGCAGCUGUUUAUCUUAUUUUCCCCCUUUGGUAUUGGAUUUUUGGUCGUUUUGCAUUAAUUUGUUUUAUUUCCGCAAAUUAUUAAAAACCUGAUUUUUUUUCCUAAUUUAUUUUGUUUUAAAUUUUGGUUGAUAUCCUGAGUUGAUUGUCAUUCGUUAUUGUUUAUCUAUGUUUGGUUAACAACUGAUUUUGCAAUGUUAAGUGUAUAAACAUAUAUUCAGCAAUUUUUAGAUUUUGACAGUGACAUUCAUUUAAAAAAAAAAAAUAAAAGAAAAAAAUUCCAAUUACCUUCAAAAAAAAUUCUAAUAACAAUUCCAAAAUGAAAAAAAAAUUUAGAUUUAUCAAACGACAUAAAUGAAAUCAUCAAUAAUGCGAGUAAAUAAUGAACAUCUUAUCACAUCUUUGAUAAGGUGAACUUACAUUCAAAGUCUACGUUCAAGUCAUAGAAAUUAGAGGCUUACUUGGUGAUAGAAAAAAAAAGAGUGGAAUUCUUUAGAGCCUUUGGUAAAUUUGGUGCUUUUAAUACAGUUAAACAUUGCUUACAUAUGUGUCUAUGAAAACUGCAGAUGCGUUUCAUCUAAAGAUAGAAAACUUAAUCAGGUCAGUUGUUUUUAUCUUACAUAGUAAUUGCAGCAUUUGCUCAAUAAACACGCAAAUUAAAGAA